CGCCGCUUCAACUUCGCUGCCAAUAUAUAGGGUUGGGGAGCACCGGGCAGCAGUACCCAGAGAUACAGAGAGAGAGAGAGAGCCCUUCUAGAAUGUGCGGAAGGGUUCGCUGCACUCUGAACGCAGCACAGGUGGGGAGGGCCUGCGGGCUACAGGACGGCGAUGCCGAUUCCGUCCGCACCGUUGAUAUGGACUGUUUCCGCUCUUCUUACAACGUUUCUCCGGGCACUUACUUACCAGUGUUCACGGUGCGCAGCGACGCCGCCCUGGGAUUGCAGGCUGCUAAUCCCUGCGGUGUCGUCCACUGCAUGAAGUGGGGGCUUGUCCCGAGCUUCACAAAGAAAGCAGACAAGCCAGACCACUACAGGAUGUUCAAUGCUAGAUCCGAGUCUGUUAAAGAGAAGGCUUCUUUUAGGCGUCUCAUUCCACAUAAUCGGUGCCUCGUGGCAGUAGAAGGAUUCUAUGAGUGGAAGAAAGAUGGAUCCAAAAAACAACCAUACUAUAUACAUUUUAAAGAUGGAAGACCUCUCGUUUUUGCUGCGCUUUUUGAUUCGUGGGAGAAUAUGGAAGGACACAUCACCAGUGAGAAACUUCACAGCUUCACAAUUUUGACAACUCGUUCUUCAGCAGCCUUGGAAUGGCUCCAUGAUAGAAUGCCUGUGAUAAUUGGAAGUAAGGACACCAUGAAUAUCUGGUCAAGUAAUUCCCCUCUCAAACUUGAAGCAGUACUUUCUCCUUACGCAUAUUGUGAUCUGGUAUGGUAUCCUGUUACUUCUGCAAUGGGAAAUCCUUCUUUUGAAGGUCCUGAAUGCAUCAAAGAGAUACCAUUGAAGCUUAGUGUUCAAAAUAAGAUAUCUAAGCUGUUUUCAAAAAAGACUGAUUACAACAUGAACAAAUUCAAGGCAGACUCUGAGUUUAUAAAAUCUUUUGACGUUUUCACCAAAAAUGAGAAUCCGGACUGUUUGAAGGAGGAACAUGCUAUCAUGGAAGUCACUAAAGAGAGAGACGAGUCCAAUGACCUUCCAUCAGUAGAAAAGAGAGCUGGUAUAAAGCGAGAACCUGAGGAGAUGGGAUAUGAUUUAGAAGAUAAAACUGAGUUACCCGAUGGCUGCUCCACUCCAGUGAAGAAAAAGCUGCAAACAGCGGACAAACAAUCAUCCCUUCAUUCUUAUUUUGGAAGAAAAUAGGGAACAGUUUGCUUUAGCGCUUGCAACAGGCUUGCUGUUUUUAUUAAGAAUUAUAAGUGCAGACUAGAAGAGCUUCAAGUUUCAUUAAAAAAAUAUUUUGAUGCAUGCCAAAUGAAUGCCUGAAAGCAUCUCUGCUUAUGAUCUGGAACU